UCCUCAUCCCUCGAAUGGAGGUUUCGGCUGCAACUCCUGUCCCUCUCUCUCCUUCUCCUCCUCUUCCUUUAGACAUGUACUCCUCAAUGGAUACAACAAACCUCUCCACAAUAGAAGAGGAGACACCCUGUGAACAGUGUAAGGCGGCAGUUGCCUCGGUAGAAUGCCGUGGAUGCCUGAUGGACGGAGAGCCUUUUUAUUACUGUAAGUCCUGCUCUGACAUGAUUCAUGUUGGUAACAGAAAAUGUAGCCAUCCCUUGACACAUCUUGUUCAUGUUGAUGAGCUCAAACGUAACAUGAAGGCAACGCUGGAUCUAGUAGAGAAGUCUUAUGAGACGGAUAAAGCAUCAAUUGCAAAGGCUGAAGAACUUAAGGCAGACGUUGUAACAAGAUCAGAAAACUUGACAGCGGAAUGUAAAUACCUUUUCAGUGACCUUAGGACUUUACUUGACAACAAGGAGAAGGAAUUGAUUAAUUAUUUUGAGUCAAAGCAUAAAGAAGGCCUUGAACUUGCUUCUGCCGAAAAAGAAAAAUGUGAAUCUCGUAUUGUACUGUCGGGACAGAUGAAAGAAGAUCUAAAGCAGCUGAUUGAAUUGCCAGUUGAAGAGUUUAAAGAGCAAGUCCUCACUGUAAUUCCUGAAGUUAAUAAUAUGGAAGGUGUUUUUAAUGCUUCAAAUGAGUCUUCAUUAUUGAAAUUAGAGUCUUUGCUGAGCCAGUUAAGCUUUUUGCCUGAUACUAAUAAUCUGAAGAGCUUUAUAUUGAGUUAUUGUGUUCCUUAUCGUCCAGAAUGGAAUGAAGGUGAUUCAGUGCUGGUAGUUGCUCCUGCUCUUAAUGUUGAUUCAAACGGACACUUUUGGUUACAAGAACCAUCAACUCCAGCUGUGCUGGGACACCUUUCCUUAAUAUCUCAGACACUCACUAACAUGGCUAAUUCAAGGAGAGUAAGAUCAACAGAUACUCAGUUCUCUCAAGGUGAUAUUUGUGCUGCAUUUUAUCCUCGUGACAGCCAGUGGCAUAGAGCAUAUAUAGAGAAAGUCAUGUCAAAGGACCAUGAACAAAAAAUGUUGGUGAGAUAUCUUGACUAUGGUAACACCGAGGAGUUGUAUCAUGACUGUCUAAUGGCUUUACCAUCAAGAAUGAAGGAGUAUCCUUUUCAGUGUCGUAGGUGUAAGUUCUCUGAUGAUAUCACAGUUCAAUUGAAGACAUGUAGAGAGGCUAAAUGGAAAUAUUCUGAUCUUGCAGCCGCAAACAGCAUGACAGCAAUAAUACUGGAGAAAAGUGUUGUUCCUGAAGCGCACAUUGCCUUAUUUACGAUCCAACUCUUCAUUGAUGAUGUUGAUAUUGGAGAGAGAGUCCUUGAGGUCGUUAAAGACGUCGCUGCUAGAAAGAAAGAGCCUUAUCCAAUGAUGUGUAAAGAUAUUCGAUAUAUCGAUAAAGCUCCGCCCAUUGAGUCUGACUCCGCCCAUGCCUCAACUCCGCCCCCUUUUGAUGUCCUUGCGUUACUAGAUACUUAUGAAACAGGUCAAGCAGAGAGUGGAGCUGAUACCAAAUCAAAAGGAACCGAUCAACAGGGAACUGGUCAACAAGGAACUGAUCAACAGGGAACUGAUCCACAAGGAACUGAUCAACGAGGAACUGAUCAACAAGGCUCUGAAUCAGACAAGACAAAUACUGCAGAAGUUGGUUUAGUUGUUGAAGCUCCACCCACUGAGAGUAUUGAAGACGAUAUUGUCAUAGAAACUACUGAUGUGGCGACUGGGUUGUUAGAAGUGAGUGGGGCUAGUGAUAAUGAAGCUACUGGCCAAUUAUCUGCCGAUAGUAAAGAUGAUAUGGGCGUGGUCCCAAUGGAACUGGUUACUAGUAACAGCUCAUUUUCAAGUGUUGACGAAAAGGGAAUUGAUGGUGUUAAACCUGAUAUUAACACUGAUCUCAACACUGAUCUUAACACUGACAUUAAUGCUUCUGAAGUCACUAAUGGGGUUGCAUUGACUGAUGCUCCUCCCACUAAUUUAAUUGAUGAAUCUGUGCCAGCCAAAACUGAAAUUGAUAUUGACGAUAAUGAUAACGUUGAUUUGAAAUCGGUUGAUACUGGAGUCAAUAUUACUGAUAAUGCUGAUUCAACUGAUCGCAAAUCAAGCGUUGACUCUAACACUGAUACCACCAUUGUUAACGAAGGUACUGAUACUAAUGAUGAUACUAUAACAGAAAUGAACCCAGACCUAUUACCAUCAGUAGCAGCUGUUACUAAUCUUAAAGAUAAUAAAGAAGAACAUACUCCACCUGCAACUAGUACUGGACCGGAAGCUGCUGCUAAAGAUAAAGAAACUAUUACAGUACAUUAUGCAGCUGGACAAAAUACUACUGAACAAACCACAGCUGCUAAUAGUCUUGUUGAAGAUAAUACAGGUUCUUCUAAUACUGGUUUAAUGAAUGAUAGUCCUACUACUACUGAGUGUAUUCCUAUUCCAAUAGCUACUAAUGUUCAAACUGUACCAGUUGCUAAUGAAGGAUCUCACUUUAAUGAGGAAGCCCCUUCAUUAAUAGCUAAUCAUUUAAUCUCAACUCCCCUUGUUCAUGAUCACUCCUCUGUAAGCUCCUCCCCUCUUGACUCCACCUCUAAGAAAGACGUCGAAUCGGAUUCACACACUUUGAUUUCAGAUGCCGAUCAUGAGUCUGAUUUUGGGGACGAGAAAAAGAGACAAAAGAUCAAACGAUCGUUCACUCAUCGCUCUAAUAAUAAGUUGUCUCUUCCGACUGAUUCCGAUACGACUGCUGAUGAUACUGAUUCCGUUUCUCAGGCCUCGCCCCUAAAGACCACACCUCCAACUAAAUCACUUCCCAAACUCACUCUUGAUCUCAGUUCUCAAUUAGCGGCAGAAGAGGUGGGCGGAGUUACUUGUAAUCCUGAUUCUACUGUCUAUCAUCCUCUGAUUGUUGAAGGUGCUAAGCUUUCGGUUAUUAUUAAUUCUGGUUUGGAUAGCUCCGGUUAUUUCUGGUGUCAGAUUUCUUUGGAUGACGUGGAGACUGACAUUUAUGCAAAGCUCUUUGAUAAAUUACAGGAGCAUGCUGAGAGUAAGGGUCAGUAUACUCCAGUAUUCUUUAAUCCAGGGGAUUUGUGUUUGGCUGUGUUUUCAGAAGACGGUUUAUGGUACAGAAGCAAAGUUGAAGCUAUUGGCGAAGAGAACACACUAUCCUUGAGGUUUAUGGAUUACGGUAACUGUGAGUCCGUUCCUGUCACUAAUGUCAUGGCUCUUAAAUCCACUUUCAAGGCACUACCUUUCCAGGCAUUUCGGUGCUGUUUAUCUGACAAAGAAAAGACUACAUUUACUAGACAAGAAUGUCACCGUUUUGAUAAUAUUAUUCAAGAUUCUUCUUCUGCCACUGCUGUUGUGGAGUCUGUAUUAGACUCUGUUGUGUAUGUGAAGAUACUGAUAGAUAAGGAAGGGAAAGAGGUUGAUCUAUUGAGUUCUGUGUCUACCAGUAAGAGCAGGAGCUAUUCGUUUGAGAUGACACCAGAAGAGGAGAAUGUGGAGGGUCUUACUUGGGCUGAAAGAACUGACAGAGAUUUAUACACCCACUCUGAUUCUGACGUGUUCCUUAAAUCCAAUGCAGCUGCUCCUAAAGUGGGCGGAGAGAGGGUUUGUGCUGGUACUGAUAUUGAUGAUCCUUGGAACUCAGAGACUGAGUCUCGAACUUUAACUUUAAAUAAGAAGAGCCCCCUGCCUAAGAGGAAAGACAGCUUUGAGAAAAGAGGAAGAGCUUCUAAUAUGAGAGAGCCAAUAAAAUCCUCUGUUGCCACGGCAACCAGAAGCUCCGCCCCCUUAGCGCCAAAUGGUAGCCCCACCCCUCUCAGCACUGCUGCCGAUACUAAGAAACCUUUAAAGAACCGAGCUGUCGUUAAUACGUCAGGCAUUGCAAAGUAUCUGGGGAGAGAUGAUAAAAAGGUUGUCCUGGCUAGGAGAGAUGUGGAAGAGAAAAAUGGAAAGCAAGGUUUGCUAGGUUCGCCACCACCUCGCACUGUUUGGAACAUUGAUGCUGCCCCAAAGUCUCUACCAACGCGUCAAAGAACCUUGUCCGGAUCAACCACAGACUCUACAGCUUCAACUGACCGUCGCACAACCUUUGAGUCAUCAUCAGCUGAACCUCAAUCAAAAGGAGGACGAGGGAGAGGGAGGGGAGGUCCUAGGAGAGGAGGGGCCAGUGUGGCUGGUAGAGACACAGCUCAUAUUCCAGACACUCAAGACAUUGUCAGCUUGUUUGUUAAGAACAUUCCUUCUUCCUAUUCCAUUCAAGACAUCAUUGAUGGUUUUAGUCCUUUUGGUAAAGUGUAUGAUGUAAGGAGACUACCACAUAAGGGUAAACGUGGAGAAAAAAUACACUAUGUGGACAUGCUGAGACCUAAUGCUAUGAAGGCCAUUAAAGGUCUUGAUGGCUUCAAAGUCCCUUCGGCCACCCGAGGCCUCUUUGUUAGGUUAGACUACCAAUUUGAAAAAUAGUGUCAUGGUAUUCUUAAUUACUUAUCAUAACCAAUUAUUAUAUAUAAUCACAUUCUACUCAUUAUCAUUAUUAUUAUUAUUAUAUCAUUGAUUGUUUUACAUCUGAUUCCUUUCAAAAGUGACUUUACAUGAUGAUUUAACAUUUGAUUUUGUGUACAAUGAUUUUUUUAAUUAUGA